AUCGCGCCUGCGCGGUGGGGAGCAGCUCGCGGCUCCGGCGCUACCUAGGGCCGGCUGCAGUCUGAGGGCGGCCGAAGUGGUUUGCUCGUUUAAGAUGAAGUUUCUGCUACUUCUCCUGGUGGCGGCGUCGGCGGUGGUCCGGAGCGAUGCCUCGGCCAACCUGGGUGGCGUGCCUGGCAAGAGAUUAAAGAUGCAGUACGCCACGGGGCCGCUGCUCAAGUUCCAGAUUUGCGUUUCCUGAGGUUAUAGGCGGGUGUUUGAGGAGUACAUGCGGGUUAUUAGCCAGCGGUACCCAGACAUCCGCAUUGAAGGAGAGAAUUACCUCCCUCAACCAAUAUAUAGACACAUAGCAUCUUUCCUGUCAGUCUUCAAGCUAGUGUUAAUAGGCUUAAUAAUUGUUGGCAAGGAUCCUUUUGCUUUCUUUGGCAUGCAAGCGCCUAGCAUCUGGCAGUGGGGCCAAGAAAACAAGGUCUAUGCAUGUAUGAUGGUCUUUUUCUUGAGCAACAUGAUUGAGAACCAGUGUAUGUCAACAGGUGCAUUUGAGAUAACUUUGAAUGAUGUACCUGUGUGGUCUAAGCUGGAAUCUGGUCACCUUCCAUCCAUGCAACAGCUUGUUCAAAUUCUUGACAAUGAAAUGAAGCUCAAUGUGCAUAUGGAUUCAAUCCCACACCAUCGAUCAUAGCCCCACCUAUCAGCACUGAAAACUCUUUUACAUUAAGGGAUUUUUGCAAGAGCAGCGUGACUGACAUUAUGAAGGCCUGUACUGAAGACAGCAAGCUGUUAGUACAGACCAGAUGCUUUCUUGGCAGGCUCGUUGUACCUCUUGGAAAACCUCAAUGCAAGGCAGUUUUUCAGUGCUGGCACAUUUUGGAAUUCUGCACAUUCGUGGAGUGCAAUAAUACUGUAUAGUUUUUUUUUCUUCCCCAAGUCCACUCGGUUAAUAGUUUUUUUUAAAAAAAUGCAGACAUUACUACUUGCACUUCUUUUUUCUCGGUCAUAUUUGAAAAAGUAGAAAAUUGAGUUGCAAUUUGAUUUUUUUUUUUCAAAGAUGUCUGUUAAGUCUGUUGUGAUUUUAUAUGAAUUUUCCUUUUUUAUAGUUUAAAAUUGAUCCUUUAGGGACUAGAGCUGAAGUUCCCAAAUACUUUAUAAGAGUUUAUCAGACAUCUCUAAUUUGGUCAUGUCCAAUUUAUAUAGUUUUCAAAAUACUGCAGAUUGUGAACAGCACAUUAUAUAAGAUUAUGGGGGGAAAUCCUAUAUCCAGAGUACUCUACCAAUUUGUGUAUGUGUGUGUGUGCGUGUGUGAUUACCAGAGAACUACUAAAAGACCAACCACUUUUUAAAUCCUGUUAAUGUAGUUCAAGUGUCCUGCCUUGACCGAUUUAAUGAGUUGAUUAACUGGGCCUUUAUACUUAACUCAAUAAAACUAAGCAGAUGUAAGUUAAA